AUGGCCGCAUUGGUUCAAACAAUCCCUCAGCAAGCUAGUACAAUCACCUUGCUCCAACCCCGUCCUGCUUCCGCUUCCGGCGCCACACAACUCCAAUCCCAGCAGCACCACCCGCAGUAUCAAAUGGCCCGCAAUACCCAGCACCACCGCCAAUCUUACAGUGGUGUUGGUCCCAUCACCGGCUACAGACACCCUCCCUCCUCCACACAACCUGUCGCCCCUUAUGCCUUCACCAGCACUCCUAGCUUGGCCAACUCGGGUAACCAAUCACCCCAGCUCCGCCCCAAUUCGCUCUCGCAACUCAAAGCCGACAGCUGGAGUCAUUCAUCGCAGACAGACCUCACCCCUGCAUAUCCCGGCGCCGUUCCCCCUCGUGCGCAUUACCAUCAUGCUGCUGGUUCGGUAUCCACUAAUUCUUCGGCGUCGGUUACGUCGUCCGCCCAUUCUUUUCGUUCCAAGGAUGACUCGGCUCUACCUUCUCGUCAAGUAAAACGGGAGCGUGCCCCGCGUCCGUUGUCCACUGUAGACUUGUCUCUUCCGCCCAUCUCCUUGCUCACGCCUCCAGCCCCAUCUUCUCCUUCUGCAAAACCUUCUCCAGAUCGAUAUCGUCGUGGUCAGCGACGCACCGAACAGCUGGCCAACUCCAAUGCCCCAUCUGCCUCAGUCACGGUUGGCACGGUUCCAUUAAGCCCUUCAGCGACUUCUGACGCAGCCUUGGGCGAAAAAUACCCAGCCUUGUCGCUUUCUCGACCGGAGAAUCCAGAACUGAAGCCCAGCUUCUCUCAACACAACAGAAAUGCCAGUGCUGACAAUGUUCCUACUACUGAGAAAGCGACCCCGGAACUUGCUAAGAGGUACCGACUCUCCAUUGGGGUCGCAAGAGCAAACAGGUUUCCUCUGAAAACCCAGGGAUCUUUGAACGUCAAGGUUCUGGAAACUCCCUCUCGUUCGUCGAGUUUGGCCAACAAACAACCCGUCACCUCCAGUCAAUCUUCGAAAUCAGCCACCACAACACCACGACCCGUGGAAGUUUCACAACGCGGUACUUCUUCCCCACUUUCGAAACCCGUCGUUAUGGAAGCGGAUAACGCAAAGGCGAGAACAGAGGGAAUAUCUCGAGAUCAUCCCUCAGAUCAGGCCAAGUUCCAAAGCCCCGCUGCAAAGCGGCUCAGCGAGAUUUCGAAGAAAGGUGGAAAGGCUGGCAAGUCAAGGCUUCGUCGAGCACUCUCUUUCAGCAGUGUUGCAGAACUUCGAAGUGCUUCGUCGCCUGAUAACCCCGAAAUGACUCGCAAACAGCAGCUUGAUGAAGAAUUGGGAGCUGAACAAGCUGCCAUUGCCCAGAAACAAGAAGCUGGUGGUCUUGGUGAAAACAUCUACUCAGGCCAACGCCAUUUCUUCACCGGAUCAACGGAUAAUAUUUCGGUCUCUUCAACUGCAUCGUCUGCCUCUAUCAUGCUGCGCAAAAUGGGCAAAGGAGUCAAACGAUCCACUCGAUCGCUCGUAGGGUUGUUCCGGCCAAAGUCUCUACAUAAUGUGUCACUUGAGUCGGAGCCGAUGGUGCCUCAGGUCUCGCGGGUCACAGUGGAAGCCCAGCUCGAAAGUGCAACUUCUGCCAUCCCCAGUUUACCCCGUGAACCUCCGGCGAUUGAACGAAACUCAGUGGACACCGCCAACUCUAAAAGGAGUGCCGACAGGGAUGAAAAUAUUCGCUCGCGAAAGAGCAUUUUGGGUGGUGAUAAGGAGAGAGCUGAGAUUCUUGCCGCCGUGAAAAAAGGCAUACUCAAAAAAACCAUGCCCGGCGGUUGUUCCCCCGUCAUGCGCCCGUCAGAUUCCCACUUUUCCGAGUCUCCUCGUUCCAGUGCUCCUACCACGCCCCGCGAUGAUCGGCCGCCCGGUUCUGGUCAUCGUCGCACUGACUCCGUAAUGAUUGAUGGCGAUGAAUACUUCCUUCCGGGAGGCCGCUUUAGUGCCAGUCGCGCAAACAGCGCCCCUGCUACCCCUCAAAAUGCAUCCAGAAAUAUUUCUUUUAGCCCUAGAAUCCAGUUUCAUGAUACCUGGCCCAGCGGCGAGUAUGAUCGUCGUGGGGAUAUCGCGACUUGCAAUCGGUUGACUCCUCUUUUGGCUCAGCAGAUCAAGGAGGAGCUUAAUACUUUCAAAAUGGUACGCCUCUUUGGCUUCAUCUCUGGUUAA